ACUUUGCUUCUUCACUGAAUGGGUAAGGGCAGGCGUUACGUAUACAUGUGGGCGGAACCACAGCAAGCGUGGUUGGUGCUGUAACCCGGAAGUCUGGUCGUUUCAAUUUUUGUCAAAAUCCUGAACAGAUUUGAAAAUCUCUUGCUGUGAAUAUGGUUGCCCCAUCACAGUAUGUCCUACCCAACAAUCUUCCUGUUGCUCUGCUUGACUGCAAUGAGGCCUUUCUGUUGUUAUCAGCAGAAGAGAAGCUGUACACCCACUAUCUGUCACGUGCAUCAUUUUAUGGAGGGUUGAUUGUCCUAUUCCAAACCUCUCCUGAAUCUCCAGCCAUAUACAUCCUGUUGAACAGACUUUUUAGGAGUCAAGACCCUGGUGAACUGAGGGGUGUGGCUCUGAGCCAUGAUGUAAACGAGGAGGAAUAUCAGGCUCUUCUAGUUUAUGCUGCUGGAUUUUUUGCCAACAUGGGUAACUACAAAUCAUUUGGGGACACAAAAUUUGUGCCUAAUAUCCCCAGGGAGAAAUUAGAGAAGGUCAUACGUGCAAGUAAUGCUUUUGCCAAAGAUCCUGAAGGAAUGGAGUCAUUGUGGAAAAUGGUUGCAGAUCACAUGUAUUCCCUGGAGCCAUCCGAAAGGCAACUGGGACUGGGUGACCAUGGGAUAACUACUUAUUUCUCUGGAAACUGCACUUUGGAAGAUGCCGAACUAGCUCAGAGAUUCCUGGACUCAAAGAGUCUUAGUGCUUACAACACUCGGCUGUUUAAGACCCUGGAUGAAUCUGGAAAGAGCCUCUAUGAAGUGCGCUUGGCUUCUGUAAACAAAGAAGAGAGUGCAUCUCCACCAUCUGAUUUGUCUGAGAUUUUGGGAUCAGUUGAGUUUGAAGGUCAUCAGUUCCGUGUCACGCGGGGUGAUUACUCACCUUUGCUACGCAGAGUAAGAGAGAACCUGGAAAAUGCCAAGGCUUAUGCAGCCAAUGACAACCAGAGGCAAAUGCUAGACGAAUAUGUGCGAAGCUUCCAGGAAGGAUCAAUCAAAGCACAUAAAGAGGGGUCUAAAUAUUGGGUGCAAGACAAAGGGCCGAUAGUAGAAAGUUACAUCGGGUUCAUUGAAAGUUAUAGAGACCCAUUUGGAUCUCGCGGGGAGUUUGAAGGCUUUGUGGCUGUGGUCAAUAAGUCAGUGAGCGCUAAAUUUGCUCAGCUGGUCUCUGUUGCUGAGCAACUUGUUUCCUCUCUCCCGUGGCCUGCUUCCUAUGAGAAGGAUGCCUUCCUUAGACCAGACUUCACAUCUUUAGAUGUAGUGACAUUCAGUGGAAGUGGUAUCCCUGCUGGAAUCAACAUCCCAAACUAUGAUGACAUUAGGCAAACAGUUGGAUUUAAGAAUGUGUCACUAGGAAAUGUUCUUUCUGUUGGAUCUGCCACUGAAAGGGAGAAGCUGACAUUUUUGCGUGAAGAAGAUAAGGAUUUGUUCCUAAAGUUUCGGGGCCCCUCUUUUGAAGUACAGGUUGGACUUCAUGAACUACUCGGCCACGGCAGCGGCAAACUGUUUGUGCAGGAUGAGAAGGGGGCAUUGAACUUUGACAAAGAAACUGUCAUCAAUCCAGAGACUGGAGAGCUGGUCAAGGGUUGGUAUAAAACUGGUGAAACAUGGGACAGUAAAUUCUCAACCAUUGCCUCCACCUAUGAAGAAUGCCGAGCAGAAUGUGUUGGCUUGUACCUUUGCAUCAACGAGGAAGUUCUACGUAUAUUUGGACAUGAAGCUCAGGAGGCACAAGAUGUUAUAUAUGUGAACUGGCUAAAUAUGGUGAGAGCUGGACUGAUGGGACUGGAGUAUUUUACACCAGAGACUGGCCGUUGGCGACAGGCUCACAUGCAGGCUCGCUUUGUCAUUCUUCGUGUCCUCUUGGAGGCAGGAGAAAAUUUUGUAACCAUCACACAAAAAGUUGGAGCUGAUGGGCGCCCUGAUGUACAAGUCACACUGGACAGGGAAAAGAUUCUGAGUGUGGGCCAUCCAGCCAUCCAGCGCUUUUUGCUUCGACUGCAGGUUUAUAAAUCCACAGCUGACGUAGAGCGGGCCCGGGAGAUGUACGAUGGUUACUCUACUGUUACAGAUGCAGAUCCAUACCAGUUCCUCACACUCCGUGAUAUUAUCAUUUCAAGGAAGGAGGAACGCAAAUCUUUUGUUCAGAUAAACACACGAAUCACAGGUGACAGUGUUGAUACACUGCAGUAUGAGAGCAGCCCUUCUGGCUUGAUACUUUCGGUCUUGCAGAGGUUCCCUGAUGAUGAGGAAGAACUGGAACGAGAGAUGCUUGAGCUUAGCUGUGCUGAUAGCCAUUUCUGGGAGCAACAGGGCAGUAGAUAAUCAAUGGCAAUGAAUGGUACAGGCUUUGACACAGAAGAAGUUGAAACUACAAUCUGCAUAUGUCCAACAGCUAAUAUAGAGCCAUUAAGGUUCAGAAGGGUUCAUGGGUUAAUGCAGUUUCACUGUGGAUUUGCAACAGGGUGGGCUAAGAUUCUGCAAUUGAGAAGUUACAAACACAAAUCUCAGGGGCCUAAAAAGUAAAUUUCUGUUUUCAUAAUGGAAAACUUAACUUUAUAUUGCGUUAGAAAGAUCUGGGUGAGUAGGAAACAUCACAUUGCCAACCCAAGUGGAACUUUGAGAUAAAAUAUUGUGGAAUAAAAUUGGAUGUAAUAUUAAUGAAACCA